CCUAUAUUUCUCGCUCUCUAUUUAUCUUUUUAUGCUACAGUGUAGCAGGAAUCUUUAUGAAAUGUAUGUGAUUCUUUCCCUGUAGGUGAAUAUUGUAAUCAAUCACGAGUUUGAUAAAUUUCGGUGAAGAUUGAGUCAAAAUGUCAAGAGUUUAUGAUUUAUGGGAGAAAUUGGUCGGCGCUGUUCUCGACAGGGAGGAGCGCCGGCGACUUGCCCUUCGCUCCAGCUCCAACUCCAGCUGCUCCAGUUUUUCCGAUUGCUCCUCGCGUUUUAGUUUCGUGAGAAGUCACGCCGAAAUUGUUCAAGAACUCCUGCCAACUCAGACCUUCAAGGUGCAUGCUCAAAUCUAUUCAGAAUUAUUUAAGGUGGUCGUCCGAGUUUCGAAGAACUUACCAGAAAUAGAAGCAGCCCGCCCUCGAUGCUCUACAGGAAUAGAGACAAUUUGCUUGUUAAACGCUGGUAUUGAUAAAGCUAAGUCUCUCCUGCAGCAAUGCAGUGAGUCAAGUGUACUUUAUCUGGCACUUACUGGAGAUGCAAUAUUGUUCAGAUGCAAAGGGGCAAAAAAUUUAUUGGUGCAAAAUCUCUGCCAAAUUCAAUAUAUGGUCCCAGUGUUGCUGGCUGCAAAGAUUUCAAGAAUGAUAGCGGAUCUCAGGAGUGCUGCGUUCUUUUUGGAUCCAUCUGACGAGGAGGCUGGAAGAAUUCUGAGGGAAUUAAUUCACAGCUCAGCAGUUGAUUAUACAGAGGAAGCUGCACUUGCUGCUAUUCACACUGUAUCCUCCCGUCUUCAUAUUUCAUCACAAAAGGCUCUACUAACCGAGAAAAGAUCUCUCCAAAAGUUGCUUGACAAAUUUGGCGAAAAGGAUUCAAGCAUGAGGAAGAUCUUGAUAUUCUUCCUGAAUCUACUGAAAAAAUAUGGAAAGGUUAUAGCAGAAACAGAAAAUGACAAUGCUGCAUCAGAGCGUGGUAACCAUUUCCCGUAUCCAAACCCGUAUCAUUUAACAGAGGACGUGGAGCUACGUACAGAUUAUAGGUCUAAUGAAUCUCAUAUCAACACAUUAAGCAGGCCUGUGCCACCCGAAGAAUUCAUAUGCCCUUUAUCAUCGAGGUUAAUGUAUGAUCCUGUUGUCAUUGAAUCGGGGCAAACUUAUGAAAGGAUGUGGAUCCAAAAGUGGUUCGUUGAAGGUCACUGUACUUGCCCCAAGACUCAUGUGGAUCUAUCUAAUUUGUCUUUCACAUCAAAUGCCACUAUGAAGGAUCUGAUCAUCAAGUGGUCUGCCAUGCAUAGUGUGUCGGUUCCUGACCCGAAAAAGAUGCACGAGGGACUUCUUAUGGUUGGUCUAAAUCUUCCACUGGAUUACAGCAAUUUGUCAAUGGGAUCUAGUCUCGGUUCAGAUUACUCAAACACCAUGAUAAGUAACGAAGUGAGAUCAAUACAUGAAAUUGAUUGGGAAUUUCUAUCCAAAUUCACUACACUUCCCUGGGAUUCUCAGUGCAAUGCAGUUGAUGAUACCCUGAAGAAACUGAUACACAAUGAACAAUAUUUGGUGGGUAUCCCGUUAAGAAAGUUUGUCCAACUAAUCCAUGGAUUUUUGAAGGAUGCCUACGACCGUCAUGACAUGGAAGCACAGAUGACAGGAUGUCAACUAUUGUAUGAGGUGGUGCAGAAGCACAGUAACAGUGCAUCGUAUUUGAAGGAAGUCGAGUACGGUCAGUUAGCAUUACUUCUUGAUACAGAGGUCUCAAAGCAAGCUCUCUUCAUAUUGGAGGAACUGUCUAACCACCAACAAUGUGGUCAGAAAAUUGCUGCUUCAGGUGCUCUCGUUGGCGUCUUUAACAUACUCGACAGCCAGAUUCAGGAACUGCUGGAACCAGCGUUAAAGAUAUUGAGAAAUCUGUCUUCAAAUGGUGAUGUUGGUUCUUUCAUCACCCCUUCAGAACUGAUGCCCAAACUAGUCCCACUUUUCGAAGAUGAUAGCCUAGCGAGUCACUGCAUAGUCAUUUUGAGGAACAUGUGUGAUGGUUACACAGAUGGUUGUAUUGCUGCAAUGGCCAAAGUACUUGAGAGUAACAAUCGGGAGGACCAAGAGUACGCAGUCUCGGUACUCCUUAAGCUGUGCUCUCAGCGUGUUGAAUUCUGUCAGUUGGCCAUGGAGGAGGGCGUUAUCCCCGGCUUUGUCAGCAUCUCUGUUAAAGGAAACAGAAGAGCAGCUGCGAUGGCCUCUGAAAUGCGGCGGAUUCUGAAAGAGUAUACCACCGGAGAAAACUCUGGAGCAGAUGCUGCUAGUGCUAAACUCUACCCACAAAGGAAUGAUACAAAGCAUCAAGAUUUCUGGUAAAAUUUUUUACCAAAUCAAGUGCAAAGAAGAAUAAUAAUGCAAUGUCUUGUUCAUAUGAUUAGUUGAAGUAGAUUGAGAAUUGAAGAUUAAUUAGUGUUAUAUGGUGAUAUAAUACAUUUCUCUGUAUGUAAUGCAAUAUUACUACUAUUAUUUUGUUGAAGGAUUUUGAUCCAUGACAGCCAAA